AUGGCAAUGAGAGGAUACACGUUGUGUUCGAUCAUCUUUGUGUUGUCGUUGUUUGUUUCAUCCGUAAGAAGCAAGGAGUUUGUGUUGACAUUGGAUCAUACUAACUUCACCGAAACCAUCAACAAGCAUGAUUUCAUUGCCGUCGAGUUCUACGCCCCUUGGUGUGGACACUGCAAGCAGCUAGCUCCUGAGUAUGAGAAGGCUGCGUCAGAGUUGAGCAGUCAUGUCCCACCGGUGAUUCUCGCCAAGAUCGAUGCAAGUGAGGAAACAAACAAAGAUUUUGCAGCCAAAUACGAGGUUCAGGGCUUCCCAACAAUCAAGAUCCUCAGAAACGGAGGGAAAGCUGUUCAAGGAUACACCGGACCUCGUGACGCUGACGGUAUUGUUACUUACUUGAAGAAACAAAGCGGUCCUGCUUCUUUUGAAAUCAAGUCUGCUGAUGCUGCUGCUGAGGUUGUUGGUGACAAGAAUGUGGUUGCCGUUGGUGUUUUCCCUAAGCUAUCUGGCUCUGAGUUUGAUUCUUUCAUGGCCACUGCUGAGAAACUGCGCUCUGAUUAUGAUUUCGCGCACACCUCAGAUGCUAAGCUUCUUCCUCGUGGAGAGUCUGUGACAGGACCUGUAGUCAGAUUAUUCAAACCAUUUGAUGAACUCUUUGUUGAUUCCAGGGAUUUUGUUAGAGAAGCUUUGGAGAAAUUUGUCAAAGAAUCAAGCAUUCCACUUAUCACUGUCUUUGACAAGGAUCCAAACAACCACCCUUAUGUUAUCAAAUUCUUUGACAUCCCUAAUACUAAGGCUAUGUUGUUCAUUGACUUCAACGGAGAAGGAGCUGAGUCUCUUAAAUCAAAGUACCGUGAAGUUGCUGCAUCUAACAAGGGACAUGGUCUUAGCUUCCUUCUCGGUGAUGCUGAGAACAGCCAAGAAGCAUUCCAGCACUAUGGAGUCAAAGAUAGCCAUGUUCCUCUAAUCAUCCUCCAUACUUUGGAUGAGAAGAAGUACAUUAAAACAAACGUGGAGGUUGACCAGAUUGAAUCAUGGAUCAAUGACUUCAAAGAUGGAAAACUUACCCCGCACAAAAAAUCUCAGCCUAUCCCAACUGAAAACAACGAGCCAGUGAAGGUUGUUGUUGCUGAGAGCCUUGACGAGAUGGUCUUCAACUCUGGAAAGAACGUCUUGCUUGAGUUCUAUGCUCCAUGGUGUGGACACUGCCAAAACCUUGUUCCAAUCUUGGACGAAGUAGCUGUGUCUUACCAAAGCGACCCAAGUAUAGUCAUAGCAAAGUUUGACGCAACCGCAAACGACUUCCCACGUGACACCUUUGAUGUGAAGGGCUUCCCGACCAUUUACUUAAGAUCAGUGAGUGGAAACAUUGUGCUUUAUGAAGGAGACAGGACAAAGGAAGAUAUCAUAAGCUUCAUCGACAAGAACAAGGAAACAGCUGGAGAGACUAAGAUAACUGAUGCAGCUAAGGACGAGCUCUGA